AUGUGUCUUAUAGAUGACAUUAUAGCGUCUCCGAGAGAAGAUGCCGACCAUAGUAGUGUCGGAGACGAACCGGUUGAGUCGCCCAAGUUGGUUGCUGUGGGUGGUGGCGAGACCCCUAAGGAAGAUCUCUUCGGCGAGCCUAUCGCAAUGUGCAAGCUGAUUAUUCCUGCCUCAGUGGACACUGAAACUCCUUCGAGUUCACCCGAGACAGUAGAGACAAAUGCCGGAGCUGUGACGGAGACUAAAGGCGAGGUUGUAUCAUCAACCGCUACCGGGAGGGCUGCUGAACAGAAGAAGAAGUCUAUUGUCGAUGCGUUUGCCUCGCCGCCUUCUGCUAAGAAGUCGAGCAAGCCAAGAAGUUCCCAUAAGCUUAAGGGAGCAUCUAAAAGCUCACGACGUACGAGUCCGGCUCGAUCGCAAGCCCCGGAUACGCCUGGGGAAGCAGCGGCGGCGGCGGCGUCAUCGGUUGCCGGGGAAGAACGCGAGUGGCGAUGGUAUCUAAACCGCAUCCUUAGUGCUGCGCGCAACACGAAGGAUCCUGUAUCGGGAACCAAGAUCUGCUAUAUAUUCGACAAGGCUCUGUUCAAGUAUGAUCUGGAAGAAGCCGUUGUGAAGGAUUACUAUAACAUAAUAAAGGAGCCGAUGGAUCUUGGUGUCGUUAAAAAGCGUAUCCCGUUGUACCCGAACCCCGAAGAGUUCAAGAAAGAUAUGGACCAGAUAUUUCACAAUUGUUUACUCUACAAUAAGUAA